UACAAGGGAUCAUAAAAAUCUACCUAACAACUUGCUAAUUAAAACCUGAUUUUUAAUUUGCAUUAUUGAGCUUAAUACCAUUGCUUAUAUAUGGAUACUGAGAUUUUUAUAAACUAGUUACCUCUAGGAAAAUAUCACUAAAAGAAGUAUCUCCUCAAUUUGAACAAAAGUAAGUCGCUUAAAUCAUAGGAAACAUUUUUAGUGAAAGCGUUUGUUUUAAAUAUAUUCUAACCUAACAGUGUAGAAAGCAGGCAAACCAAAAAAAAUGUAAUCAGUUUCUAAAAUAUAGUUUGGAGCUCAGAUUCUGGGGAAAUUAUUAACACAUUCUUGAUCCAAGGUCUCCUUUCUUUUCUAGAAUCUUUAAUCAUACAUAUUCAUCAGAAAUACAAAUAUUUGUCAUCAGUGAUACUAAUUUUCAGGCAAACAUUUUAAUUGCAGUCACUACCAGGUUUUAAUUUGGAUUAGUAAUACGGGUUUGAUUAGGGUUCUCGGCCUAAUUAUAGGUCACUAGGCUUCCUUUAGGAUUACGCAACAUCUGCUAUUUUAAAUUGACCAUUGAGGGGGUUCCCAAGGGUUCGGCUUCGUUUUGUUAUCAAACGUUAGUGGGAUCCAAAGCCAGGAUCGGUUUCAACAAAAAUGCAAGCGCGAAUUUGUCUUGAGUCUCAACGCACUGUUCAAAUUAAACAAUUUAGACAUGCCCCAACUACGAGACUAAGAAGUGAACGGUAUAGUACACUUUUGUCACAAAUUCAAGGGUAAAGUGCCCGAUGGUAGAGGUCUGGCUUCUCCCGGGUUUCUGGAACAAAAGAAGCGUUCGCGAGUAGACAGAGGGGUAACUCCCUGCCCUCCCCCUCCCAAAGUAAAUCAAAUCAAGGAAUAUGAGUGCCUGCAGACAAGUCUCGCUUCUUUUCUUCCCCUUCAUGGCUAGCGUUUGGGGAAGGCAAGGCUGCGGCUACUCUUCGGUGCUUCAGUGUCCCGGGAGGAAGAAAGGCCCAGACAAGGGUCCUCACAGCCGGCGUGGAAUUCGGCCGGUUCGUAGGCGAUCGACCCCAGAGACGAAAGCUGCUUCUCAAGCUGGGGGAGGGAGAGGAAACGGCGCACAAAAGCAGUACGACCUGUCCCUUAUCGGCGUCUAAGGGGAAGGGUGGAGAAAAUGAAAACAGAAGCGGGCCGGGCGCCUCGGCUCCCGCCCCAGCGCCUUUUAAACUGCGUUUCUACCUCCUCUCGCUCAGCGCGGCGGCUAAUGGAACCCGCGCGGGCCGUCCCGCCAAUCACCGCCGCGCUUCCUCCCGUCGCCCGCCAAUGGCGCCGCGCGUUCUUGGGGCGUGGGCGAAGCAAGCUGCUCGCCUCCUGCCUGUAGUGUGUAGGCUGGGGUUGGUGCGGGCUUCCAGCUUGGCUGCACUUCGUCCGUAGUUCGGCUCUGGGGUCUUUUGUGUCCGGGUCUGGCUUGGCUUUGUGUCCGCGAGUUUUUGCUCCGCUCCGCAGCGCUCCUACUGGGCAGGAGCCGUGAGGCUCGGAGGCGGCAGCGCGGCCCCCGGCCAGGAGCGAGCGCGCCGGCGUGAGCGGCGGCGGCGAAGGCUGCGGGGAGGGGGCUUCGCAGAUCCCCGAGAUGCCGGAGUUCCUGGAAGACCCCUCGGUCCUGACGAAGGACAAGUUGAAGAGUGAGUUGGUCGCCAACAAUGUGACGCUGCCGGCUGGGGAGCAGCGCAAAGACGUGUACGUCCAGCUCUACCUGCAGCACCUCACGGCGCGCAACCGGCCGCCGCUCGCCGCCGGCGCCAACAGCAAGGGGCCCCCGGACUUCUCCAGUGACGAGGAACGCGAGCCCACGCCGAUUCUCGGCUCUGUGGCCGCCGCCGCGGGCCGGAGCCGAGCAGCCGUCGGCAGGAAAGCCACCAAAAAAACUGAUAAACCCAGACAAGAUGAUAAAGAUGAUCUAGAUGUAACAGAGCUCACUAAUGAAGAUCUUUUGGAUCAGCUUGUGAAAUAUGGAGUGAAUCCUGGUCCUAUUGUAGGAACAACCAGGAAGCUGUAUGAGAAAAAGCUUUUGAAACUGAGGGAACAAGGAACAGAAUCAAGAUCUUCUACUCCUCUGCCAACAAUUUCUUCUUCAGCAGAAAAUACAAGGCAGAAUGGAAGUAAUGAUUCUGACAGAUAUAGUGACAAUGAAGAAGACUCUAAAAUAGAGCUCAAGCUUGAGAAGAGAGAACCACUAAAGGGCAGAGCAAAGACUCCGGUAACACUCAAGCAAAGAAGAGUUGAGCACAACCAGAGCUAUUCUCAAGCUGGAGUAACUGAAACUGAAUGGACAAGUGGAUCUUCAAAAGGCGGACCUCUGCAGGCAUUAACUAGGGAAUCUACAAGAGGGUCAAGAAGAACUCCAAGGAAAAGGGUGGAAACUUCAGAACAUUUUCGUAUAGAUGGUCCAGUAAUUUCAGAGAGUACUCCCAUAGCUGAAACUAUAAUGGCUUCAAGCAACGAAUCCUUAGUUGUCAAUAGGGUGACUGGAAAUUUCAAGCAUGCAUCUCCUAUUCUGCCAAUCACUGAAUUCUCAGACAUACCCAGAAGAGCACCAAAGAAACCAUUGACAAGAGCUGAAGUGGGAGAAAAAACAGAGGAAAGAAGAGUAGAAAGGGAUAUUCUUAAGGAAAUGUUCCCCUAUGAAGCAUCUACACCAACAGGAAUUAGUGCUAGUUGCCGCAGACCAAUCAAAGGGGCUGCAGGCCGGCCAUUAGAACUCAGUGAUUUCAGGAUGGAGGAGUCUUUUUCAUCUAAAUAUGUUCCUAAGUAUGUUCCCUUGGCAGAUGUCAAGUCAGAAAAGACAAAAAAGGGACGCUCCAUUCCCGUAUGGAUAAAAAUUUUGCUGUUUGUUAUUGUGGCAGUUUUUUUGUUUUUGGUCUAUCAAGCUAUGGAAACCAACCAAGUAAAUCCCUUCUCUAAUUUUCUUCAUGUUGACCCUAGAAAAUCCAACUGAAUGGUAUCUCUUUGGCACAUUCAACUUGGUCUCCUAUUUUUAAUAACUGUGUUGAAAAACAUUUGUGUACACUUGUUGACUCCAAGAACUAAAAAUAAUGUGAUUUUGCCUCAAUAAAUGUAGUAUUUCAUUGAAAAGCAAACAAAAUAUAUAGGAAUGGACUUCAUUAAAAUGUUUUUGAACUUUGGACUAGUAGGAGAUCACUUUGUGCCAUAUGAAUAAUCUUUUUUAGCUCUGGAACUUUUUGUAGGCUUUAUUUUUUUAAUGUGAGCAUCUUAUUUCAUUUUUGAAAAAAUGUAUAUGUUUUUUGUGUAUUUGGGAAACAAGAAGGGCGAAACAUGGUAGUGUAAUGUGAAGCUACACAUUUAAUACUUAGAAUUCUUACAGAAAAGAUUUUAAGAAUUAUUCUCUGCUGAAUAAAAACUACAAAUAUGUGAAACAUAAUGAAAUUCAGUAAGAGGAAAAGUAACUCGGUUGUACUUUUUGUAACUGCAACAAAGUUUGAUGGUGUUUAUGAGGAAAAGUACAGCAAUAAUCUUUUCUGUAACCUUUAUUAAUAGUAAUAUUCUUGUAGCCCUGUCAUACUCACUUUUUAAGACACAGUAUCAUGAAAGUCCUACUUCAGUGAGACCCAUUUACAUACAGUAGAUUUUUAGCAGAGAUCCUUUAGUGUAACAUACAUAUUUUAGAGAAUUGUUAGCUGGCUAUACAUGUUUUGAAAAGCUGUUUGGCUAGCUAUAAGGCUAUAAUUGGAAAUUUUUAUUUUUUAUUUACAGCAAAACAUUUAUUCAGUCAUCCAGUUUGCUACCAAAAUACCUUUUAGAUAAGUGUGUGUAUGUUUGUUUAGAAGUUAGAAAUUGUAAACACUGGUCUUAUGUUUCAUUUGGAUUCAUUAUUGCAUUGUCUUGUUACCAGAAACAAAUUUUGCCAGGCUUUUUUUGCCUUAUAUUUCCCAGCAUAAUUUGAUUA